CCUACCUCGACAGGUCCAAUUCCAUAAGCUGAUCCCCAUAUACUGUCUAAUAUCUAAUCCAAAAAUGUGCGACAUUCCCUUCCUCCCCAUCUUCCCCAUCUGCUUCCAAUGCGGAACGGACCAGAAUCCCUGUCGCUGUAAGGUCGUGGGUCCGACUCUCGGGUUUGUGUGUACGGUCGUGGCUGCGGUCAUCUGCUACCCCGCCUCCAUCUUCUGCGGUUGCUGUCUCACCCAGACCGGCAAAGACGUCUUGGGCUACCCCGUCAAAAUCAACGGCAUCAUCAGCGACGCAAUACCCAUCUAGCUAGAAAUAUCCAUAAUCAACAUUAACAUUAUCA